AUGUCUCAAUCUCACCAACUGCAACCCUCUCGGCCAACGCAUUCGAAGGCGGCGGCCCAUUUCAUUCCCUCAUCAUUUCGCAAAUCCUAUGAUUCAAAAAGAUCGACUUGCAAUAGGAACCUUGAAAGCCUCUAUUCGCGCCUGGAAGAAGCGCUCACGCCCACUAACCCUACACCAAAUCUCCUCGGCAAUUUUCAAAUUCCCGAUUUACCGUUUCAGAUUGCCUCAAAUACGGAUGAGUCGAUGUAA